CACACACUUUUCAAUGCAGCUCUUGUCCAUUUCUUCACCUGUUGCACGCGCUGUUCUGUAAGACAGUGUUGAGAUUUUUUCUGCGAAAUGCCAUGCACAUUUACUUGCACAUUGCAUAUUCGAAAAUGCACAUGUAUUUUGCAUGCUUGUGCAAUCAGAUAUGCUUGGCAGACGCGGAUAUCGCUUCCAGACGUACAUAGGCUUACCUGAAAGAUUAACUCUGGCAUCAUGAAUGAAGAGGAAAUCUUAAAAGGAAUUAAAAAGGAGAUAUUGCAGUCAGACAAAGAUUACAUCAGCCAACACCUAAAGGCAGCGAACCAUUACAGCUUCCUCCAAGAGAUAGGGGUUCUGACCAAAGAGAACUGCGAUGUUAUUGAAAAAGAAGCAUCGGACAAAGAGAAAGCGGACAAAUUGUUGGAGAUUAUCAUUUCGAAAGGACCAAGUUCGUUUGAUUACCUCUGUGAUGCCCUUCAACACGAAGACACACAACAGUUCCUACUGGAGCGCUUAAAACAGAAGUUUGACAUGAGGAAGCAUUUCCUGUUAGAUGUAUGUGCCGCUAAAGAAAACAAACCCCGUAAAGUGCCAACCUCUCUGCCCAUCGCUAGUAUCGAUCUCACCUCUACUCCUUGCGUGGAUUCACAACCAGAUGCUAACUCUCAGAACUGACGGCAAAAUCUUGGAAUAGAAACAGAGAAGAGAAGCGAAAGAACGUUGUAGAUUUUUAUAUACAUAUAUACAUACAUACACAUACACACAUAUAUAUAUACAUACAUAUAUAUAU